CUCCUCUGACCCUCGCCAGUUUUUUCAUCUCGUCAGAAUCCCAAUGUUACCAACUCGUGAACCAACACGUGCUACAUGUCAAAUCAUUUACGAUAUGGUUUUAAGCAUAAUGAUGUGCAGUUAUGCAAAGCAUAUCUCAAGGUCUAUUCGAUUCGUGUCAAAGGGCAACAUGGUAGCCUGCAUAUGGCUCGUAGGGUCCUCACCACUUCUACAUCAGCCGUGUCUCCACGUCGUAUGAUCAAUUGGGAAGAAAAUUAUAUUCAGAAUUCUUCAAUUAUGCAGCUGUGCGAUAGUACACUGGACCAAAUGCAUGUAUUUCAGUAACUGCUAUGUCUUUCAUUCUAGCUAGGGAUAUCACCAAUACUGCCAGCCAACCCCUUGGAACCUGAGUCCUGUCCAGGAGCAAGGAACCCAAGACAUUGUUAAUGUCUUCCAUUUUCACUAUUGCUUGUUCAUUUGUGUCUUCGCUAACUCCACCUCUUCGGGAGGCCUUCUUAUAAGAAGACCAUCUCAGCUCAUGGUACACUCUUUACCACAUCACCAGUCAUCUGCUUCACUCUCUCUUGUUCUGUAUUCUCUGCAUCAUUGCUCAUUACGUUCUAUCCAAUACCCUCUCUAUCAUUGAACAGAUCACGCUUACAAAACUACAAAAUGUCUCUCAAGGCCAGCCUCAUGGCGUUCGUCGUCAUUGGACUUUCUUCUCACACCACAGCAACUGAUCUCCAUGGUGCACAACCACUUUGUCCUGCAUCCUGCAUUCAAACAGUCACGGUCACUGCAACUGCAUCUUGCACAGAUGUACCUCCAACUUCGCAAACUUCCUCCACAGCGCCUUUAGUAACCUAUACCAAUGCCGGACACUACUUCAAUGCUUCAUCGACCCACUCCUCUGCGAUUUCUUAUACUACUCCUAUUACCCCUGAAUCUAGCUCGUCUAUCCAAUCAUUCCACACCCACAACAGUGGUGUAUCUGAUCCCGAUGUUACUUCGACGCCGUCAAACCACUUCUCCUACUCCUAUUUCAGCCCUCCAAACCCAACCCUCACGAGCAAAUCAAACGACAUUGAUUCAACGAAGAUCCUCUCUACUAUUACUCCAACCUCUGGCAUUCCUGUUUAUCCGACCGGCAAGCCAAAUCGCUGCCACCACAACAACAACUGUCUCCGACAAUUCAUACGCAACCCGCAAGUGUCUGACUUCUGUGCAACAUACACAACUACAAUCAACACCGCCACUACCGGCUUACCAGACUAUGUUUCCAAGUGCCACGCUGAUCCAAGCCGGAUCUCAUCAGCCUGCUCCUGUAUCGCAACCACCAGCAUCGCAAUUUCCAGCAUCGCAACCUCCAGCAUCGCAACCUCCAACAUCGCAACUUCCAGUAUCGCUAGCUCCAGCAUUGUCAGCUCCAGUAUCGCAACCUCCAGCAUUGACAGCUCCAACAUUGCCAGCUCCAGUAUCGCAACCUCCAGUAUCGCCACCUCCACCAAGCCAGCCCACACCAACCCUGAGACAACCAAGACCGCCGGGGGCGUUUACGUCACCGGCCCCUACUACCCUAUUCCCCCACCUGUUACCACUGAAGGCUGCUCCGUACCCAGCGUCGUCUUCGAGACUUACACCAUGACCACUAUUGUUUCGGUCACUGUCAGCGCGGAUGCACAUACAUCAACGUCUUUGGAUGCCCCUGAGACGGAAGCUGAGAGUGCGACAAGCUCGGCUGGAAUCUUGAGUUCUACUUCAGUUGCGGAGGUUGACUCCAGCUCAGCAUCGCCUAUUACAUCGACCCGCUAAGAUAACCAACAAGUCGAGAACUAAGGGGGAGAGAGAGAUUGGGCACUAGGGACAGAGACCACAGUGUGAAAGGGGUAAUGCAUGGAGAGGGAAGUCUGAUUUUGCAUUGUUUUGACGCAUCGGAGUUAUUGGGUAGUUAAUAGAAUAGAGGAAUAGCAUAGUAAUACAGAGUG